UAUUUCUCAUUUUAAAGAUACUUGUGGAUUUAGAUCACAUUGUGGAUAAAACUUCGGUUUCAUUUAGAUAAGUUUACUUAAUAAAAGCCAAACUUCAGAUGCUUGAAUUCACUUAUAUAUUACAAAAAGAAACUUAAAUAAGUGUAUAAUUUAAGGCAUUGCUAGGGGUAUAUAUUUAACAUGGCGAAAAGGUAACAAUAUUCCUGGAUAGCAACGUGAACAAGUGAAAGACAACUAAUCCGUUAAAGGACAUUUGAAUCGGAUUUGGUUUUGAUGCUUUUAAGAAGACCAAACUCAAACAUCACCAACAAUGGAGUGUCCAGUGUACAAACCAACAAUGCCAUUUAGGCCAAUACCAGUUUAUGGCCAGAGAAGUCAGGUUUGUUCCCCGGGUACCGAUAUUCCAACUGCGCAUGCGCAAGUUCCUGCAAAUUGUCACGAAGACCAUUUAAUGCUCGCAAAGCAUAUCAAUUUGAUAUCACAAAUGGGUCGCUUGAGAGCACUUGGCGAAUAUCAACUAAACCAUGCGGGCCAUCCAGGGAAUAUACCAACCGCUCACAUGCUUCCCGACGUAAAUAAAUUCAGUGUUAAAAAUCUGGCAAUGGCGGGCAAUAUUGGACAAAGUCAGGCGAUUCCUGAUUUGAAGGCGCAAAAUUUGCAACAACCAAAACUGUUAGAUUUCGACGUUACUAAAAAUCAUUCUGACAUGAAUUUGGCGUCACAUGUAAAUCCUGUUAAUUCUGUUAUUGACAGAAUGACAGUUCCGGUGAUAGUGUCGUGUGCAAAUCCGUUUACGUCACAAUAUGGAUACGGCCGUAAAGUGUUUCCGUGUCCGCAAUGUCGUUAUACUACCGACAGAAGGAACAAUCUUAAACGGCACAUGCUCACAAUGCACCAGACAUGCGCAAAGACUCUAGAAUGUUGUGGUAUAGUAUUUGCCACUAAGGCCUCUUUAAGAGAGCAUGCAAUGAUUUUUCAUUACCAUGGAUACACGUGUUUCUAUUGUGGACGUCGAUUUUGCCGAAAAGCGUUACUCAAACGACAUCUUUCGGUUCACAAUGGUCAGAAAGACUUUGUUUGCCCGGUAUGCGAUUAUGCCACAAGUCAUAAAAGUAAUUUAGAAAGGCAUAGGAAAGUUCAUUGCAGACCGGAAGAUCGGAAACCUGGAGAAAUGGAGUGUGGAGAUGAAGAGGAAAUGACUUGGAGGUCAGAAGGUCACGUAACAGACGACAAUAAUAAUCAGAACAUUUUAAGUAGUUCUGAUGAUGAAAAUGAAGAGAUUAAUGUAGACUCUGAUUAAUUUUACCGGUUUUCUUUAAAACAAUUCUGUUGAUGCAAUUCGAACUAUGAGCUGUGUAUAUACUGUUGUGUAUAGGUGGUAACAUGGUAAAGAAACUGAUAUAUAGAUCGUUACUUGUUUGUUUUUGAAUUCUUUAGACUUUAUUAUCUGUAAUACACAUACUUAAAUUUACUUGAAAAAAGCCCUUCCUUCACUCUUUUAUACUCAGACAAUGCCAUAUUAAUGAUGAUGAUGACAUCAUCACCAAAAGCACCAUCAUCAUGAUCAUCAUUAUCGUUUUUAUGUGUGUGAAAAGUCAAAUUUCAUGUUAUUUCUACAUAAUGAUUCAUUAUUUAAUUCCUUGUCUGUAUCAAUCGUUUUACCAUUUGUCUUGUAGCGGCAUUGGCAACAUAUCGUUCUGACCUGUGCUUCUUAUUGUCGGCACUUAAGUUAUUUUACCUUGAAAUUUUUUUAACUAACCAUAGAUUACAUCUUUUUUUCACAAUUUUAUAUCUGUUUAAAAAAAUGAUAUUUUUCCUUUCCAUAAAGUUAGCAAGUUGAGAGUUUAUAAUAUUAAAAGCAAUUUUCAACAAUUUAUCUAGGUAUUUGACGUUUUAAUGGAAUCGUGUGUCUUAAAAGAAACUCUUUUUAAGUAAUCAAAAAUAUUUAUUUAUUAAUAAAAUAGUGGUAAAAAAAGUUAUAUGUAGCAGACACAACUUCAAUAAAAAAAUCCAUCGGCGAUAAAAAUAUAUUUCAAACAAAUGUUUUAGAUUUUAAUGGGGAGGGGUGAUUUUGCAACAUGCGUAUAUACGUAACAUGAAGCAAUAAAAGCGUUGGUGGCAAUUCUAAAUGCAAUAUGAAGUGGCAGUUGGAACCGUGUGUUUCUUUGAAAAUUAAAGACAAUAAAAUAGGAGAAAAGGAAAUGAUUAACCUACAAUUUACAAUGUAUCCGUGCAAUCAGUAAAACAUAAAAAUAAUUACAUUAGUCUGGGACAAAGUAUGUCAAAGCAAAAUAAUACACCUUGGGUAGUAUACGAAAAGUGUCGUUAACAAAAUGCAUAAAAUUUUGUAGACUAUUAAUCAGCUAAUUUUGUAUCAAAAUUAGUAGAAUUGGCUAUCUUCAUUUGACUUUAAAGAUUUCAAAGGCUGUUUGGCUCACAACAGACAUGUUUGACACAGUGACGCAGUUUUAUCUGACCCCCUUUUGGCGUUUUAUUUUUUUCGUCGUUAAUAUAUAAUAUAAUUAUAUAUGCUGCGGGGUUAUUGAUUUGUAGGUAAUUAUGGAAAAUGCUACAUUUUAUAGGUAUAUGCUUUAUGAAAUAUAUAAUUAUGUACUUUAUCUUUGAAUAAAUUUUAAAUUACAUUGAAGAUUU